GAAGAUGACCCCGGCCUCUUUCUCUUCUCAGUAGAGUUAGCUUCGCUAUCAAGCGGGCGCGAGGCAUAAAUAAACCGCGAAGCCUCAGAAACUUCGAUUUCGCCAUGGCUCGCUCUCUCUCGCUCGCCUGUCUCUCUGAAGCAGGUUCAGGUCUCUGCGCUUUCCUGGCAAAGUGAUUUUUAGUGGUUCGAAAUGCCGGAGGAGUUGUCCACGGAGCGACCUUUGUUCGGGGGCGCAAUCAGUAGCAGAUUUCCUAAUAGAUUCGAGGAUGUGAGCAACGUUAGGCAAGUCCCUGAUCACCAGGAGGUGUUCGUGGACCCUUCGAGGGAUGAGAGCUUGAUUUUCGAGCUUUUGGAUUUCAAGCAUGAAGUGGGAGAUAGCGGGAGUGCGGUGUGGUUUCUACAAGACCUUGCCACCGAACAAGAUGCGGAACAACGCAUGGGGAUCGAACAGUCGGCAGUGGUUGAGGCCCCUGGAUUGACUUACAGAAACAUACCUGCCAUCAUUACCACAGCAGUUGGACAGAUGGCUAUUUCCAAGGGACGGCAAGGAAGGGAAGCACAAAAUAUAGUGAGGGUCUAUCUGGCCAAUUUGCGUCUGAAGGAAGUUGGGACGGAUGUACUAAUUGCUGCAUACGAGCCUAUAUUAAUAAACCCUUUGAGUGAAAGUGCAAGAACAGUUGGUGCUGGAUUAACUGCCCCUGCGUCUCAAUCUGGAUACAUACCCAUGGCUGAGGUCUUUAAACUUGCAGUCUCUAGCUUCAAAGUCAAUGAUUGGAGCCUGUUUGGUGGUUCUGCUUGAAUUCAUAUCUAUGCAUGGUUUGUAUCGAAUCGGCAUUCCUGGCAAUAAGGUCGAUAAAUUGCAGGUCCCAGUACUUCUUGGGAGUCUCCUGACUU